CGGACCGGGGGUAAACAAAGUCCUGGGUUGUGCUGCUUCUCUUUUGAUGUCGAGCUUUGCGCAGCACAAGAUUUGAGUGUGCAGAGAGGCGCGCACGUAUAUCAAAGCUACGAUCGCCGGAGUGCUUCUUUUGUCGCUUGUUGGGCCUGGCAUGGUUACCAGACAAGCUGCUAAGAGCGUCUGUACUUGUUUCGUCUACCGUGGGGCAUUUGAGGGUUAUUCAGAAAACUGGACUGAUUGAUUAUAGAUGUAGCUACGCCUGACUACCUGUUCGAGGGCAGAAACGCGAAAAUGAGGCCUCACUGUACCACCGUCCGUUUUUACAAUCCUUGGAAGCACCAGGACCAGGACUACGCCGAGACCAUCGUGCAGGUGGCAAAUGUGCGGAAGGUACGGCAAGUCAUUUUUGUCGUGGUUUAUGUGAACUUUUUGCGAGCCUAAGCCAGCGCAUUGCCAGACGUAACCCUUGAUAAAAAAAACCUAAACAGCCUCGAAAGGAGGAGUACGUCGAGGAUGAGGCCGGUGCGGACGAGGUGAAGAAACUGGGUAUGAACAAUCCGGACGGCAUUCAGUGGUUUCCUUUCCCGCAGUCCUUCGUCCGCAGGGAAGCAACGGUGAAACCGGACCUGCUGCUGGAAUUUCAACUUCUAAAGUCUAUGGGCGACCGGGUGCUUCUCAAGCCGGAAGAAAUUCCGGUGGGACCACCGGGCAAGCCUUGUCGCUUCAUCAUGGCGGAGAUUGAGCUGAACGUCUAUCGCGACCAGAAAGCAUUGCUUCCCGCGAAGCCGUGGAGAAUACCGGUCUUGAAUCACGACAAGGAGCUGAGCGAAGCGGACCAAAGGUAGGAAAACGAUUGGUGUGGACUUGAGUUUGUGACGCUGCCGUGCUGCAGUGACAUUACAUGCACUACUUGCACGUUACAACCACUCGAUACACACGACAACAGGUACGCUCUAGAGUUCGGCAUCGAGGAACUACUUCAGGACUGCGCAGAGUACCUUCUGGACGCUCGCCCGCUGGAGCCGCAGCUCGCGUUGGCAAAUUUCUUGUUCCAGGCGUUCGAGAGCGAUAGGUUGACGGAGGAAAUCGAAAAGGAAAGGAUAGGAGAUACCGAGGAAGCGGACGUGGACACAUUGAUGCUGGAGUACCAUGAAGAAAUGGCCCGGUUGGACCAGGGAAAGUUUUUGCCACACUGAUGGAGACGAUCGCGAAGUUUUCCUCCGUUUUGGCAUCCGAUUUACAAUGCCGCUCACCGUCCGCGACCGCGAAGAAUGCAUUAGUUUUAGUGGUCGUCCGCUCCCGCGCCGCCACGCGUUGACGUUACAGUCCGCAUGCGGUUGCCAGUUUGACGUGGACCCUCAGGGGUUGUUUUGCUACAUGAAACAAUUUUUUUGCCGUCAUGUGAGGACAUGCUGAUGGGGAACCAGGGCUCGCGUACGUAUGGCGACGACGCCUUGGAAUUUUAAUUUUUGCAAAUUUUCUCGCCUCGGCUCCUGCUAUCCUGGCAUUGAAUGCGUUGUGACUCAGGCUACCACGCUCAUCCUGGCAGUGUGAUCGAGCGAAGGCUACUUACGCAAGCUGUUUCUCCGCAGGGAUCGCAAUCACGCCCAAUAACGACGAGCUCCACGAACAU